AUGUUGGCGCGAAGAAAAUACCAUUGCUACAACUCCCUCCUUAUUAUUAGUACCCUACUCUUUUUCAUAAGUACAUUUAUGCUGUGUUCAUCAUCUCAACUUGAAUCGGCACCUAACCCUGAACCCUCUCCAUCCUCCUCAUCGGUAUAUUUACGAGAACGUUAUUAUAAUUAUUCACCCAAUAUAGAAGAUAUAUUAGGUCCCGAAGCCUCACAAAUUAUGACAUCCCUGUAUGAAACCAUAGACCAAGAUAUAACAACAGCAGGUGCAUAUAAAAACGAACCCGAUGAUUAUCAAUCCAAUCAGAGUAAUAGCAACGAAGACGCAAUUCUGCUGAACUAUUUGAGCAGCGACACAGAUAGCUUUGAUGAUUUAAUGGACGAAAUCGAUAACCAUAAAAAGAAGAAAAAAAACUGUUCCCCAUUAAGAAAAACUAUACUUAAAAAAUCAGAUAGCUGCAGUUCUCUCAGCGAUUAUGAACUCGAUAAUGAAGUGCUUAGACAAGCAAAAUACGAAGAAGAUGAAGAUGAAGAUGAUGACUUACUUUUUGAUGACCCAUUUGAAGUAAUAGAUUAUCCUUGGAGUGAUAUACUGGAAAAAUUCCCACAUAAUACCAACCACACGAGUGAAGAUCAACUUUCUUCAUUUGAAGAAGUAGAAUUAGAUGAUCCCCAAGAAGAAAUGAAAUUUGGGAAGCUCAAAUUCUUCGGAAUAGAAAACCCCAAUUCGUUAAAAAAGAAAAAGACUAUCGACCCUACUACAACGAAAAGGAACUUAAAAAAAGAUGAUAAAAAGUCUGAUGCAUCUCACAUAAAUAAGCAUGAACAAGAAAAAUUGGACAAAAGGGAAUGCAGAUCACGUAGACACUUUAAAAAUCCAAUUGAAAGUUUUUCAAUUACUAUCUCUUAUGAUAACUUUUUAAAACAAAACAAUAUGAAAGAUCAUCCGUCGAUACAUCAUAAGGAAAGUGCAGAACCCUUUGCACUGGACGAAUAUAACUAUAGAGAUGCAAGGUAUCAUAACGUGAGACUGUACGUAUUAAAAAUUCUACAUGAUAACAUAAGUGCCCUAGAUCAAAAGGAAUAUCAAUAUUUAAAGAAUCACAAAUAUGAAGUCGAAGACUACAUCAAAAUCAUUUUAAGAAAUAGUUUCAUAUGCCUUACAUUUUCGCAAGAAGAUCAACUGUUUAAUGAUGCUCACAUAAUGAUAGAUAAAGCCAGCAUGAAAAGUAUGUAA